AUGCUCACCGUCAAGCGCGCCCUGAUCGCCGCCGCCUUCUUCAUCACCAUAUUCUACAUCGUCACCCGGUCACACGGGCCCGAAGCCCCGCCACCCGUGCCAAUACGGCCAGAAGAAGUCUCGCCAAAAACAGACAAUGUACACCACGAGUCCUCGAAACAAUCCUCCUCCUCGACAGACAAACCACAGGCGGCUGAGAAGCCACUAAGCAAUGGCGGUUCCAGUAGAAAUGGUGGUGGUGGUGGUGGUGGCGGCAGCAGCAGCGAGAUAACGGGGCAAAAGACAAUGCAGGACCUGUCCAAGAUGUCGACCUACGACAAGCUCGCCUACCAGUUUCCCUACGAUGUUGAGACCAAGUUUCCCGCGUUUAUCUGGCAGACGUGGAAAUACACCCCUUCGAGCGGAAAGUUCAAGUUCAGGGAAGAGGAGGCCACGUGGACGGAGCACCACCCGGGGUUCAUCCACGAGGUCAUAACGGACGACGUCGCCGAGAACCUGGUAAAGCUGUUCUACGCCUCCGUCCCAGAGGUGAUCGAAGCCUACACCGCGAUGCCCCUCCCGGUGCUGAAGGCGGACUUCUUCAGGUACCUGAUUCUGCUGGCGCGCGGCGGCGUGUACAGCGACAUCGACACGUCUGCCCUCAAGUCCGCGGUGGAGUGGGUACCCGAUUCCGUCCCGCGCGAGACAAUCGGCCUGGUGAUUGGCAUUGAGGCCGACCCAGACCGGCCCGACUGGCACGAUUGGUACAGCCGGAGGAUCCAGUUCUGCCAGUGGACCAUCCAGUCGAAGCCGGGCCACCCAGUCCUGCGCGAUAUCGUCGCGCGGGUUGCGGCCGAGACGCUCAAGAGGAAGAGGUCAGGGCUGCUUGCCGCGAUGGACACCAAGAACGUAAUAGAAUUCACGGGACCGGCCGUGUGGACCGACACGAUUUUCGAGUACUUCAACGACCCGCGGUAUUUCGACAUGAGCACGAGCAAGGGGGCAAUCGACUACAGGAACUUCACGGGCAUGGAGGUUGCCAAGAAGGUCGGCGAUGUCAUAGUCCUCCCCAUCACGAGCUUCUCGCCUGGCGUGCAGCAGAUGGGCGCAAAGGAGCCUGACGACCCGAUGGCGUUCGUGCAUCACGAUUUCGAGGGCACGUGGAAGCCCGAGAGCGAGAGGCACAUCGGCCCUGAAACUUGA